CGAGAGACAGCCGGAAAUUUUAGGACGCCAUCUAUGCGCGCUAAAAUGUUUACAUUAAAAAAGGAAAACAAAUGAUCAAAAUCGACACCUAGAUAAUUGCAAAUGCAAAAUUUUCCAUCAAAUAGUGUAACAUAACAAACUGACAAUGGCAGGAUACCUAAAGUAUAUCGAAGUGGACAAUUUUAAGUCCUACGUAGGUCUGCAAAGAAUUGGACCCUUUGAUCGCUUCACAGCAAUUAUUGGACCUAAUGGAUCGGGCAAAUCCAACUUGAUGGAUGCGAUCAGUUUUGUACUUGGAGAGAAAACAUCAAAUUUAAGAUGCAAGAGAAUGAGUGAUUUAAUUCAUGGGGCACCAGUAGGAAAACCAGCUGCCAACAAAGCAUCAGUCACUGCAGUAUAUGUAAACUCAGCAAACGGGGAGGAGACGCAUUUCACACGGGUCAUUCAUGGUUCUUCAUCUGACCAUAAGGUCAAUGGAAAGAGUGUGACAGCUCAAGACUAUGCCAAUGAACUGGAAAAGAUUGGGGUUCUUGUCAAAUCCAAGAAUUUUCUGGUGUUCCAAGGUACAGUAGAAAGUAUAGCUAUGAAGAAUGCCAAGGAAAGAAUGGCCAUGUUUGAGGAAAUUAGCAGAUCUGGUGAAUUGAAGGAGGAAUAUGAUAAAGCUAAAGCCGAGAUGAACAAAGCUGAAGAGGACACCCAAUUUAACUACCACAAAAAGAAGGGCAUCGCUGCAGAGAGAAAAGAAGCCAAGAUGGAGAAAGAUGAGGCCGAGAGAUAUCAGAGAAUUAAGGAACAAAUUGCAGAGAAGCAGUUGGAGUUGCAAUUGUUUAAGUUGUACCACAAUGAAGCUGAGAUUGAUGAGUUGGCAGAUGAAUUGCAGAAGAAGACAGCUCAGGUGGAGAAGGAGAAUAGAAAGAGAGAAAGAAUUGAAGAUGAAAUAAAAGAGAAAAAGAAGGAGCAAGGAAAAGUGGCCAGAGAAUUAACCAAAGUGGAACAGUCUAUCAAGGAGUCAGAAGUGGAGUUGAAUAAGAAGAGACCACUGUACAUUAAGGCCAAGGAGAAAACUUCCCACAUGAUCAAGAAAUUGGAUGCCGCUAAGAAAUCUCUGAAGCAAGCAAAAAAGAGCCAUGAGAACCAUGAAACAGAGAUCCAUGAGAUGGAGAAGGAAUUGGAGGAGGUAGAAAAGAAACAGCAGGAGUUUGAGAACCAAAUUGAGGAGGAGUCCCAGUCCCAGGGGAGGGAUCUGGACCUUGAGGAAAACCAGCUUCAAGAGUAUCAUAGACUGAAAGAAGAAGCGGGUAAGAAUGCUGCCCGAUACAUGCAAGAAAUGGACUCCAUCACCAGAGAGCAAAAGUCUGACCAGGAUCGCUUCGACAAUGAAAAUCGUAAAAAGAAUGAGCUGAUAGCAAAGAUCAAACAGAAAGAGAAUGAGAUGGAAGAAAACAGGAAGAGAGUGGAGAAAUUAGAUGAUUACAUCAGGUCCAGUGAAACAGCUGUUGCUGAUCUGAAGAGGUCAGAGGCAGAAUUAUCUGAGCAGGUGGAAAUGGCAAAUGUUAGAAUCGGGGAAAUUAAUGAGGAAAUGGCCUCCAUCUUAGAGCAGCUUGGAGAAGCUAAAGUAGACAAACAUGAAUCGUCCAGAGCCAUAAAAAAGAAGGAGCUGCUGGAAAACCUUAAGCGUCUAUUUCCAGGGGUGCAUGGAAGACUGAUUGAUCUCUGUGAACCAAGCCACAAGAAAUACCAGAUAGCCAUUACAAAGGUGCUGGGGAAGUACAUGGAUGCCAUUGUGUGUGACACAGAAAAGGCUGCUAAGGACAGUAUUCAGUAUAUGAAGGACCAGAGAAUCGAACCCGAGACGUUCUUACCACUGGACUACCUAGAUGUAAAACCUGUUAAUGAAAAAUUAAGAGAAAUUCAGAAGCCCCGUAAUGUGAAGUUGGUUGUGGAUGUGAUUCGUUAUGAUCCCCCUUCCAUUAAGAAGGCCCUGCUGUUUGCCUGUGGUAAUGCCCUGGUUUGCGAGUCUGUUGAGGAUGCCAGAUACGUGGCUUUUGGAACGCAUGAGAGACACAAAUCCGUGGCUUUAGAUGGAACUCUUUUCCAAAAAUCAGGAGUCAUAUCUGGGGGUGCUAGUGACCUGAGGGCUAAGGCCAGGCGUUGGGAUGAGAAACAGCUCGGUCAGCUGAAGAGCAGAAAGGAAAAGUUGACAGAGGAACUGAAGGAAUGGGUAAAGAAGAAGAGGAAGGAGUCGGAACUCAGUACCAUGAGGUCUCAGAUCAAGGGAUAUGAAACUCGACUCAAGUACUCAGUUACCGACAGAGACAACUUGCUAAACAAGCAGCUGUCACAGAAUGAGAGAGAUCUGAGUAUGUACAAGCAAAUGUUGGAACAGUAUGAUCCUCGAAUGCAGGAAAUAGAGAAGAGGAUGAUGGAAAGAGGUCAGCAGAUGAAAAUACUGAAGGAGAAGAUGAACAGGGUGGAGGAUGAGGUGUUCCGAGACUUUUGUGUCAUGCUAGGCGUCAGCAAUAUCAGACAAUUUGAGGAAAGAGAGCUGAGGUCUCAGCAGGAGAGGGCUAAGAAAAGACUGGAGUUUGAGAACCAAAAGUUCCGCUUGCAGAACCAGAUUGAGUUUGAGAGGUCAAGGGACACAAUAGCUAAUGUCAGGAAAUGGGAGGCUGCUGUGAAGAAUGAUGAAAAAGAGCUAGAGAAGGUGAAGAAUGACGAGGCCAGGCAUAUGAAGAUCAUAGAAGAAGCCAUGGAUCAGCAAGAAAGAGCUAAGAGACAGAGAAUAACACUAAAGUCACAGGUGGAUGACUUAGAAUCAGAGAUAAAUGAGAUUAAAAAGCGAUUGAACAACCAACAGAAAGAGGUGGCCAGUGCCCAGAAACAGAUUACAAUGGUAGAGACCAAGUUAGAACAGAAACGAGCUGAUAGACACAGUCUACUUAAAGCCUGCAAGAUGGAUGACAUACGCCUUCCAAUGAGGACAGGGACUAUGGAUGACAUCAGUCGUGAAGACGAACCGUCCAGUCAACCAGACGGUGGUAGUCAGUCCACCACAGAAACACCACUGGACAGUAUGAGUUCUCAGGGACAGCGUGCAAUAUACGCCAGGGAGGCACAGAUACAAAUAGACUACAGCUCACUGGAUGAGGAUCUUAAAGAGUUGGAUUCUCAAGAUGAUGUGAAAAAACAAACAGAGGUCAUGACAAAAGCUUUAAGUGACAUGAAUUCAAACCUGAAUCGAAUUAAUGCUCCUAAUAUGAAAGCUGUAGAAAAGUUGGAUGGUGUCAGAGAGAGAUUCCAGGAAACCUCGGAAGAAUUUGAGAAUGCUAGGAAGAGGGCAAAGAGAGCCAAACAAGCGUUUGAGAAAGUCCGUAAAGAAAGAUAUGACAGAUUCAUGCACUGUUUUGAGCAUGUGUCAACACGAAUUGAUGAAAUCUACAAGGCUUUAGCCAGAAAUCAGAGUGCCCAGGCUUUCUUAGGACCAGAGAACCCUGAGGAGCCAUAUUUAGAUGGUGUCAACUACAACUGUGUUGCACCUGGUAAGCGGUUCCGACCCAUGGACAAUUUAUCUGGAGGAGAAAAAACAGUAGCAGCCCUAGCAUUGCUAUUCUCAAUUCACAGUUACCAGCCUGCACCCUUCUUUGUGUUGGAUGAGAUUGAUGCUGCUUUAGAUAACACCAAUAUUGGCAAGGUGGCUUCCUACAUUUGUGAGCAGUCCAGGACCUCAUUUCAGUGCAUUGUAAUUUCACUGAAGGAAGAAUUUUAUAAUAAAUCUGAUGCCCUUAUAGGGAUAUAUCCAGAGCAAGGAGAUUGUGUGAUUAGUAAUGUGUUGACCCUUGACCUCAAACAAUACCCAGAAUCCCAUCAAGACGAAGACGGACAUCAGGGGGUCCAUCGAUGAAUAGGGUCUACUACAGGCACAUGACAAAAUGCAGCUACCCAUGGAGAGCCUCAUACUGCCAAUUUUGUUUGAAGGAAUUCGCUUUACAUUGACAGAGUUUUGAUUUAUAGGUGUACUUUUUGACAUUAAUGUGUAAUUUUUUAUCUGUUGUAAAUUUAGAAAGUACCAUCAAGUAGAACGAUUUUUGUUUAAUUCAUGGUCUACACUACAUUUAUAUCUUCAUGGGAAAUACAUGUAAUUCUUUGAUGUAAAUUUUUACUUUGGAAUUCAUUCAUUCAUAAAUACGUGUUCAUAUAUUUAACGUG